AUGUCCUCAACCACCCCCCAAACCCCCAAAACCAUCCGCCCCCUCUCCCGCUUCAUAACCACCCACGAUGACAAGGGCAAUGCCAUCUUCUCCUCCACCCUCCCCGAAACCAUGCCGGUAAACCCCAUCCCGGACACCGCUGACUUCAGCCUCGCCUACACAAGCAGCCACUUCCCUGCCAAGCUCAGCGACGACGCCGAUAUCUCCGAAUACGCCGAAUACCUCACCAAGCCCCCGGGUCUGGUCGUCUACUCAGGUACCGUCUGUCGGAUCGUCGACUUCCCACCGGCCGCACUGAGCCCGAUGCACCGCACGCUCUCGCUGGAUUAUGGUGUCGUGCUGGAGGGGGAGGUCGAGCUAGUGCUGGAUUCGGGGGAGACGCGGGUGUUGAAGCGUGGGGAUGUGGCGGUGCAGCGGGGUACAAACCAUGCAUGGAGGAAUGUUACCCCGGCUAUAAAGGGGGAAAAUGGCGAGGUGGUUGAGCAGUGGGCGCGGAUGUUGUACGUUUUGCAGCCUGCGGAGGAGAUUGAGGUUGAUGGGAGGAAGUUGGGGGAGGAUUUGGGGGGGAUGGGGGUGAGAUCUAGUUCGUGA